UGCGGUUCCCGCCGGGCCCGUGAUGCCGCGGACCGCCCCGGCCUCCGGAGACCGGAGGACGGCCCUGCGAGUCGGGUAGCAUGUCGAGUUUCUCUAGGGCGCCCCAGCAAUGGGCCACUUUUGCUCGAGUUUGGUAUCUCUUAGAUGGGAAAAUGCAGCCCCCUGGCAAACUUGCUGCUGUGGCAUCAAUUAAACUUCAAGGAUUGCAUAAACCUGUGUAUCAUCAACUGAGUGACUGUGGUGAUCAUGUUGUCAUAAUGAACACAAGGCACAUAGCAUUUUCUGGAAACAAAUGGGAACAAAAAGUAUACUCCUCACAUACUGGCUACCCAGGUGGAUUCACACAAGUAACAGCUGCACAACUUCACCAAAAGGAUCCAGUGGCAAUUGUAAAACUAGCUAUUUAUGGCAUGCUCCCAAAAAACCUUCACAGGAGGACCAUGAUGGAGAGGCUGCAUCUUUUCCCAGAUGAGGAUAUACCAGAAGAUAUUCUUAAGAAUUUAGUGGAAGAGCUUCCACAACCACGAAAAGUACCCAAACGUCUAGAUGAGUACACACAAGAAGAAAUAGAGGCUUUCCCAAGAUUGUGGACUCCACCUGAAGAUUACCGGCUGUAAAGAAAUGAAAAUUGCAGAAAAUCACAACGAGUCAGAUCUCGACACUGCUCCCCUGCCUGUGCCCCCAUUUUUUUUUCUAUGCUGCAGUUGACUGAUUUGUUUUCCUACCUUCUGGAAAACGGGGUUCGUCCCACCCUCAGCCAAGAACAACAUUCAAUGUCCAGGUCUUUCCUGGCUGAAAAUCCCACCAUGGAACAGGUAGCAAGUUCUGAGUGUGCGAAGCCAGAAGCCCCAGGAGGGAUCCUGCUGCCAAUCUCUACAAUGCCCCGUUUGAAUUGGAUAGAACCCUAUUUCAGAAGGUCCGAUCCUUCCAAGACAGACAUUAAGGCUCCAGUUCAACUUAAACACAGACUCUUACAGAGAAAUGGUAAUUCUCUCUCCCUCUCUGCCCAAAAACCUAAAGUAAGAGUUGAGUACUUUUGCAGCAUCACUACUGCUCGGGGCUUCGCCUUCAAAGAAUGCAAACCUGAGCUCCGCUACUGGUAAAACAGAGGCAGUCACUGCCCCCGAGGGCCAGCUUUCAUGAGGUGGGCUGCCAGGAAGCCUGAGGAUCCAUUUUCCACGUGGAGACAGCACACAGCACCUCUGAAGGACACACACGUCUGUGUCACUUCCAUUUGGUCCAUUAGAAGCUCUUUGAUUUCAAACCAAUCUUCAUUUCAAGGCUGAACUUCGAGCUCAGCCCUCCCUUUUUAAUUCCAACGUUAAUACCUAUGAAAGGCUUGCAAACAGUGGCUGCUAGAAGACCCUGUGUUGCUAGUGGAACACCUGUGCCUUUGUAGGUCGCUGUGGGGCUCCAGCUUGUCCACCUGUAUUCAAUCAUUCAGAAUCGACCCUGAGAUGACAAUGCUACCUGGCAUCUUUGUUAGCCAUCACAGAACUAAAAAGGGCCUUGAGGUUUAAAGAAAAUUCUGAAUAUAAAGCAUCUGCCCUUGGCUUUUUUUGGCAGUCACAAAGUCCAAAUCAAAUAUUUUUAUAACUUCUUAGAAAAGUGAUUUUAUUAUUAUGCACUGUUACUGCACAGAGUGUGUGUGCAGAGCAGAAAGUCUUGCAGAAAUGUGAAUGUGUAUGUGCUUCAGAAAAUUUGAUCUGGAAGCCUAAACCUUGGAAGCAGUGGUUAGUAGCCAACUCUCCAGUCUGUAUUAACCAGGGAUCAAUCAGGCAACCAAUAUUUACAUUCCAGAAACUAGUCUAAGUACUUGAGAUACAAAUGUGAAUAACAGUUGUAUCCUGCGAUCAUGGUGUUCUGUUCCUGGUACAGACUUCCUAAUCAAUUUUCUAAAUGAUGAGAGUGUCUUUUGUUAUGUUAAUGAGGUGACUUGGAAAGCAGCUGAAGAUGGGGGCUGGUUGUCAGGGGGCCAAUCAUGUGAUUAGAGAGAGAGUUGGAACUUUUAGUCUCACCCCCUGACCUCUAGGGAGGAGAGAGCUGGAAGCUGAAUCAAUCUUCAAUGGCCAAUAAUGUAAUCAAUGGUGCCUAUGUAAAGAAGGCUUCAUAAAAACAGAAAGAUGGGGUUCAGAGAGCCUUGAGUUGGCUGAAGUUCAGUUGACUAGGGCUGGGAUUUGCGGUGCUUUGCUGUGCUUGCCUCCCAGCCUCAGCGUUGGUGCAGGUCUAUUUCACGGGUCUCUGGCUGCCCUUGGACUAGUGGCCAACUGAGGCAGGUUUUCUCGGUGAAAGGCAGAAACAAGAGAGUAAGUUUAUGCAAGCAAAUUUCAAACCUAUUUUUGUAUUAUGUGCACUAACAUCCAACAGGUCGAUGUAAAUCAGAGUCAAGGGCUUGGAAGAUAAUCUGCUGCCAUGAAGGUGAUGAUGGAGGGUGGAGAGGAAUGGGCAUUUUUGUGAUUUCCCCAUCACCUGGCUUAAACUCCACACACCUCCCUGAGGCCUAUAGGACCUGCCUAUAAAUUUUUGUAAUGCCACCUCUCCACUCUUGUCUCCAUCCACUCCUAUUGUUGGACUUCACAUCCCAGUCCCUCUUGAACAUUGCUAAUGCCCAAACAAUCAUGCCCUCAUGCCUUGUCAUGUAAUAACUCUCCAAUUAUCCUCUCCUGACCCUAUUUCCACCAUGUCUGGUACACCUCAGUUCUUUCUAAGCAUUUGUAGAUAUUUCUUCCCUGAUAUCUCUGUUCCCUGUACAUAAUAUAAUACAUUAUAAACACUCCCUUAUUGUGCUAUAAUUGCAUCUCUCUUCAUUGAUGAGUUGAGUUCAUUGAGGACUAAGAAUGUGUCUUUUCUUUUGUGUAUCCCUAGCACCUAGCACAGUGUCUGGCUCUUGUAAACUUCUAAAAGAGUGCCUGGCACAUAGUAAAUUUAUAGUCUAUAAUAACUGUUGUAUGAGUGACAGCAGCUAUAUUUGCUAUGUAAUACUAAUAUAUAUUUCUGGGCUCUUAAUAAAAGUUGACUUCUUUAUUAUCUAACAUUAUAAUA